GGAGGACACUCGAAAAUCAUCAGGGGAAGGUGGCGGUGUGGGGGCCUGACCAGGACAGCUGGGGCUGGGCCCCAGGGCAAGCAGAGGUGCUGAUGAAAGGUACGGUGCGGGCCAGGGCUGGGGUGUGGCCCGGUGGGAGCUGGGCAUCCUGUCCUUGCCCUUCAGGACCUAUCCGAUCAAACAGGCCAGACCGCUGGCCUUAGUGUGGACCAAGGACGCCUCCGCCUUGGCUUUGCCCUCGAAUCCAUGGAGCUGAGACACGACGCCGGCCGCAAGGAGAACGUGCCCCCCAGGCCUGCGACGCCCCUGAGGCCAGGCAAGAGGCUUGGUGGGUCUGGGUUGGAUGUGGCAGGAACAGGGUCCCCUCUCGCUAUUGGCCCAGAGCUUCUUUUCCGCCAGCGACGGAGAUUUCCGAAGAGCAGAGGUGUCGGCCGGGGCAGCGGACGUGGCCGGUGGGUGCACGAGUGCCCGGCUGAGAGGGAAGGGCCUGCCACCAUACGCUCCCCGGGGGCAGAGCGGCGCCAGGAGCCCUGCCGGGUCCAGACCAACCUGGCCGGCGCAAGCCUCGUCCUGAAGGACGCAACUGGCCGGCUGGUGAACUCAGGCUUGCAACAGCAGAGCAACCUGCAGACCCCGGCCGGCAGGCCCCAGGGGAGAGCCCGAGAGCUUGUCGUCCAGCAGAGUAACCUGAGCAUAAGGGGGACCAGCUUGGCCGAAGGCAGGAGUCACCUCAGCCCCCGCCUCCGGUCCGAGCUUCAGGGCAGCUUCUGGCCCCACCCGAUACCCCAGGGAAGCCUUCUAUCCCGAGCAUCGCUGGCUGACCCACCCUCCAGCCUGAGACAGUCCCGGUGGCUGGGCACAGACACCCCCUGCCCAGACGUCCAGCCCGCUGCAGGCUUCGCCUCUCUCAGUGGGCACACACUUCCAGGCUCCGGACCCUGGUGUGUCCUGGGGAACUGGCCCCCUAGGCUCAUGGGGGAGCCCCUCACCCUGGAGGACCUGACUGUCCCGGUCCGGAGCCAGGCUCGGGCCCCAUCCCAGACUGCCAUCCACCAGCUGCUGGCCUCUGUGCGACACCUGGAGCACGAGGUAGCCCGUCUCGGGUGCCGGGCCUCCCAGGAACCCCCAGGCCCUGCUCACCGGGACCCCUGGACCCGCAGCGGCCGGGCCCUCCCUGCCCCCCGCCAGCCCGGCCAGCCUGCUCUUGUAUCCUGGGAGGGGAGGGAGAAACCCGUGCGAGGCCUCAGGGAAACUGCGGAUUUCCCAGGGACACAGGGGGCCCAGGCUGGCCUCUCGGACGGUCGGGCAGGCAGUAAGCCUGCGUCACCGGAGGCCACGCUGAGGAUGCCGACGGGGCAUUUCCUCGACCCUAAGCAGGGGGCCCUUCUGGCCAACCCCGCGAGGCAAGGAGAGAACUUCUCCCCGGGGCCUACAUAUGGCAGCAGGCCGAAGAGGGACCCCCGGCUCCGUCCAGGGGCGGGUAACAGGGAAGCCAGACCCUGCUCUGCAGCUUGCUCCAGUGCUGCCCGGGGCGGCCCACCUGGGCAGGAAGGAAGGGAGGUGGCCCUGCAGGAGCUGGUCGGCCAGGAGGAGGAGAGGACAGCUUCCUGCCCACCAGAUGCAGCUCCAGCAAGGAGCUCCCUGCAGGUAGAGGCCAGAGGAGGCCGGGCGGGGGAGCCGGGGGACCUCAGGAGUGCUCCCAGGAAUUCCCUUUGCCAGCUGGCCGCCGCUCCCCUGUUACGCUCCCCGCCCCCAGGAAGGGAGGCCGGGGACAGAUGUUUCAGAGCCUGGUGGCAUCGGGUGCGGAAGCGGCGGGCCGUGGCUGCGGCGGUGGCCCUGGGCCGCCGGCGGCUGUUGCGCAGGGGCCUGCGGGCGCUUCGGUGGGCACUGCGGCUCCGGGAGGCCCAGCUGGAGGUGGCACGGAAGCGACACACUCAGGCCCUGCUGGCCCAGAGCUUCCGAAAGUGGAGAAACCAGACUCUGCAGCAGAAGCAAGGGCAGCCCCGCGUCCAGGCUGGGCCGGGACCCCCACCGUCUGGGACGGGCCAAGGCCAGAGCCCCUCAGGAAGGGAGCCAGGGCAGACCCUGCCUGGAGAAGCAGGGAGUCAGAGGGAGGAGGCGGGAGCCUGGCAGAGACCAGAUGGAGGCGAUGGAGACGUACAGAUGCUUCAGGCCUUGCAGCAACUGGCUGGCUUCCUCUUAUGGUGCCAUCAGAAGGAAUGGGCCAGGCAGGAGAGGAGGGUCCAGGGAGAGGCCUCCCGGGCCACGCUGAGGACUCAGAGGAGGGGGAGACCCCCCCAGGCCUGGUGCUCUCAUGCUGCAGACGCACCCAAGAUGGCCUCUCUGGACACCCAGCAGCAGAGAGCCUGGCUCGGCAGGUGCUUUGGGGCCUGGCAGCAGUUUGUGCAAAGAGGGGCCCGGUACCGGAACCGCCUGGCUCACCACCGGGCCAGGACCCUGAGGAUAUGUCUGCAGCAGUGGGUGCGAAUGAAGCAGCUCCAGGCUUCAGAUGGAGCGAAGGUGACCCAGCUGUCCCUCUGCCGGCAGAAGGCAGGGAACGUGGCCCUCUGCAGCUCAGCCCCUGGCGUGGCCGCAGCCCAAGGCCUGGGGACGAUGGCCCAGGUGCAAGGUGGCAGCUCCCUGCGGGAAGCCUGCCGGAGACUGGCCCUCCGCCGGGCGCUGCUGCUCUGGAGGACGCGGCUCUCCCAGCGUCGGAAGGCUGACUCCUUCCUCCGGGGCAUGCGGCAGCAGAUGAUUCGGCGUAUCCUGAGGGGCUGGUGCCUGAGGGCCUGGGGUCCAGGCACCCCAUCAGACAGUGCCAGGACCACCUUGGCCCCGGAGCUCCUGGGCAGCAUCCCCGGCGGGGAGGACUUGCUGGGCUGCAGCACACCCCAAAGCUCACUAGAGAAGGUUUCCAGGGCCCCCACCCUCCUGGAGACGCUCCGGCUGAGCUUUGUGUGGGCAGCUGGGCGGCAGCAGAAGAGGCGGUGCCUUCUGCUCUGGCGGGUGCGGGCACAGCAGUCCCGGAGGGCAGCGAAGUGGCACCGAUGUACUCUUCGGAGGCGCAUCCUUCUCGGCUGGAGCCACUGGGCAACAGCCCAAGGGGCCCAGAGAGAGCUGGCUGUUGGCUGGGCCUGGGAUCGGAGCUGCAGGGCCGCGCUGGGCUUGUGGCGGCGGCGGCUGGCGCAGAGGCUGCAGGCAGAACGGUGCGUUCGGGCCCGGGGUCGCACACUGGUCCGGGGCGCCCUGCACCGCUGGCACGGCUGCUGGCAGAGAGUCAUGGGUCUGAGCACUGAGUCAUGGUGCCCUCAGAGCCCAACAUGGGAGGCGGGGAUCAUUGGGGGCCCCUUUCGAGGCUUCCCACUGCACAGAUGCAUCGUAUCGAUGGGCUGGCAGGGCCCCACAGUCACCCGGGGCCAGAGGGGCGAGGCUGGGAUGCACACGCAGUGGCAUUUCAGCCUCUCUCUGGCCACAGGGCGGCAGCUCCUGCACGAAAAGUACCAGCAGUGGGUGCAGGUCCAACUCCAGGGCCUGAGGAGGUCCGUGUUCCGGGAGUGGCGACGACGGGCAGCAGCUCAUCGGAGACGCACAGCGGCCCCGCCCCCGCCGGAGCAGCCCCUGCUGCAGAGCCGUUUCCAGGCCCCGUGUGGAGUUGUGAGAGACACAGCGGUGUUCCCAGCCACCAGAGCCUUCCGGGAUGGCCUGAGAAGGGCCCUGGGGACCACAUUUUCCAUGUGGCGGGAAGCCGGAGCAGCCAAAGCCUGGGCACAGGAGCAGCACGUGGCCCGGGUCCCCGUGACCCACUGGAGAAGCCGUGCACGGGGGGGCCCGACGGACCAGCAGCUGAGGAGGGUCCUAGAGGCCUGGGCCCAGGCAGCAGCCAGGGCCCGUGUCCAGGGAGCCGCCAUCACCCAGUUCCGGCAGGCUACGUCCAGACGCCUCCUGUGGACCUGCUGGGCCCAGUGGCGGGCAGUGCUGCUCAGUGGGCAACUGGAACCACAGGAGGCAGAGGCCCAGGAGGUCUGCCCGGUUGACCGCAGGCAGCGGCCCGGGGUGGCCAGCAGAGGGCGCCUCCUAGCACUGAUGGACACUCCAGCCCCGUGGAAGCAGCUGCGCAUGCGUGUGGCAGGGCCCCGGGGCUUGUCUGAGCCACGGCCGGAGCUGGGCUCUUCCUGGCCGGCGCUCAUUCCUGGAGGAUCCUGGGGGAUCCGUGGCGCUGCCCUUCUACCUGGUCACGAAGGGCUCGUGAUGGUCUGGGCUGUCGGGGUGCUCAGCAGGGCCUCACCCCACCAGGAGGAGAUACCUGCAGCGCCGGCACCUUGAGGCCUUGCUUCGCCGGCUCCAGGGCUCCCAGCAGGCCAGGUGCCUGGCGGCAACAUGGCAGCACUGGGUGGACGCUCAGGGAGAGGAGCAGCUGGCACGGACGCUGGUGAGGGUGUAGGGGGAAGACGUGGCAGAGGGGCGGCGGGCCAGCUUGGGGCCUCACCACCUGUCCCCACAGCUCAGGCAGUGGCACCUGAAGCGGGCCUGGCGCGUGUGGCGGCGGCGAGUCCUGCGGCUGCGGGCGGCUCGGCGACUGCAGCAACAGGAAGGCGGCUGGGUCCUUUCCCAGGUACUGGGGGGUACCCCCCCCCCGGCAGGACUUUCCCAACUAGGGCCACACCUGGACGUCCUUUCCUUUCUCCUCUCUGGCUCCAGGCCUUUGAGAAGUGGUGCCAACAGCUGGCAGCCAGGGGCCGGAAGAGAGGAGCCACAAGCAGCCCGGUACCCCCCGAGCAAGGCGGGCAUCGGGAGCCCUGGGAGCAGGCUGGAAGCUGCUGGGGUGGACGUGGGCGGGGCAAGGGGCCCGGCUGCAGCUGUGACUUGUUCCCAUGGAAAGAAAAACAGAACUGUGCCCAGCCUUCGCUGCUCUUUGGACACCCACCCCCACCCUUGCUGAGCCAGCGAAGACCAGCAGGCAGGGACGGGGAUAGGGACCAGCUUCUGUGCAUCCCCUGGUCACUGUCCCUGAGCAGCGGGGCUUGA